AGGAAAAAGAAAUCCUAAGGAGCGCACAGCCCGUCCGUCAGCGCGCACUGGUAGAGAAAUAUGAUCUCGAGAAGAACGACUCCUGCACUUCAACACCCGCGACAGCAACUCCACUGCGAAUAAUUACAGCAGAAAUCACAGACCAUCUUAGCGUUCGGUCCUCGGUGAACUCUCCUCCUCUCCAUUCUCCCGCAUUACUCUCUCUCUCCCCCGCGCUGGAUCUUUCGUGCCAGAAGAUGUGUGUGGAGAGCGACGGAUGCGACAUCGAGGGCUGCAGCAGUUCUGACGAGGUGCGCACGCUGUCGGGCAGCAUGAGCCCCACGCUGAAAUCCAACCCGGACCGUCACCCCUGCAAACCGGGGCAAAAAUUCCGCGCCGCGCUGCUCAAAUGCCGCUCACCGGCCGCCACCGCCGGGAUCCUCAGUUUUGGGAACGUCCUCAAUUACAUGGAUAGAUACACUGUCGCUGGUGUGCUGCUCGACAUCCAGCGGCAUUACAAAGUAACUGACAGUGGAAUCGGCUUGUUGCAAACAGUCUUCAUCUGCAGCUUCAUGGUGGCAGCUCCCAUCUUUGGUUACCUGGGCGACCGCUUCAACCGAAAGAUCAUCCUGAGCUGCGGCAUUUUCUUCUGGUCCAUUGUCACUCUGUCGAGCUCCUUCAUCGGUAAAGAGUAUUACUGGCUUUUUGUACUCUCCAGAGGACUCGUGGGAAUCGGAGAGUCCAGCUACUCCUCCAUCUCUCCCACCAUCAUAGGAGACCUGUUCACUAAUAACAGCCGCACCAUGAUGCUCUCUGUCUUCUACCUGGCCAUCCCCCUGGGAAGUGGGUUGGGUUACAUCCUGGGCUCCAGCGCCAAGGUGGCUGCAGGAGACUGGCACUGGGCACUGAGGGUGUCCCCGAUUUUCGGGAUCACUGCAGGGACCCUGAUCCUGUUCUUCGUGCCCGAGCCGAAGAGAGGCAGCGCUGACCAGAUGGGACGCGUGCAGUACCGCACCUCCUGGCUCUGUGACAUGAAGUCGCUCGCCAAGAAUCGGAGCUACGUGUUCUCCUCCCUGGCGUCCUCGGCGGUGUCAUUUGCCACAGGUGCGUUCGGCAUGUGGAUUCCUCUGUACCUGGCCAGAGCCCAGGUGGUGCAGAAGACUGGAGAGGAGUGCACAAAAGAGGUCUGCAGUAGCACAGACAGCCUAAUCUUCGGGGCGAUCACCUGUGUGACGGGCCUGUUGGGCGUGGUGAUCGGGGCGGCCACCACGCGCCUGUGCCGCCAGAAGACGGAGCGCGCCGACCCGCUCGUGUGCGCGGUCAGCAUGCUGGGCUCGGCCAUCUUCAUCUGCCUCAUCUUCGUGGUGGCCAAGAAGAGUAUCGUAGGAGCCUAUGUUUGCAUCUUCAUCGGAGAGACGCUGCUCUUCCUGAACUGGGCCAUAACUGCAGACAUUUUAAUGUUCGUCGUUAUCCCCACAAGGAGAGCAACAGCGAUCGCCUUUCAGAGCUUCACUUCUCAUCUGCUGGGCGAUGCAGGAAGUCCGUACCUGAUAGGCCUGAUCUCCGACGACCUUCAGCAGAGCUAUGCGACGUCAGCGCUGUGGCGGUUCCUCAGUCUGGGCUAUGCCCUCAUGCUCUGUCCCUUCAUCAUCGUCCUGGGGGGCAUGUUUUUCCUGGCCACGGCGCUGUUUUUCCUGGAUGACAGGGAGAAGGCCGAGAAACAGUUGAGCCAGAUGACACGACCACCCUCAUUAGUCAAGGUAUGACCAGGUGACAACAACAUGAGGAGCCACCCGAAAGAGCAGCCAAACUCUAUGGGGAUGACAAAUUGGAGAUAAAAAGCAAAGCCAGCUGAUCCACUCCUUGAAAGCCACGUCCACGUUCUCGUCACCGCCGCCCACGCCACAAUCAUCCUCCUCCUCUUUCUCUUUCUCCUCCUCCCCCUCCUCUUUCUCCUCCUCCUCUUGCCUACUGUUGCUCGUCCUCUCUACACACUCAUGGAGGCUGCUCAGAACUGAAAGGAGGGAGCGUCUUGCUCCUCCUUGAGACGCCUCUAAAUCACAGGUCGCUGAGAAAGAGCACAGCGGUGAGCCGAUAGCUGGUGUCCUCCUCGCCUCUGUCCGUGAAGGAUCCACUGAACCGUCCAGGGAGGACGUGGGGGGGAGGGGGCGUCACAAUCCUCCGUCACCCCUCCGACUCCUGAUGCCAUACUACUGAAUGCUGACCAUGAACCUGCCCUGUCUGUCCAUCUGUCUGUCUGUUACAUUGGCUGUCAAUCUGCACCAAGUGCCAUAGCGUCAUAACAUUCCUUCCGACUUUGCACUGACCACCAACAACAACCUCAUGACUUCUGAUCACUGACUAUGUCUACAUGCACACCCUAAUUCAGCAGAUUAUGUUUGUAUUUGCCGGACAGGAGAAGCAGCAGCAUGUGUGGACUGCAGUCAUCAAGCUCCAUCGCUGUCUCUGUUGCUCCAAUGCAAAUUACCCACAGUUCAUUCUGUUCUGGCUUUUCAACACUUGGAGCCUGUAAAGAGACAGAAGGUGUCAGAUUCAAGUUAUGUGAAGCGAGUGAUGCGGUUCAUUAAAGUUUGCUGUUAUUCAUCCGUUCAUCAGGCCUUUCGAUAAUGUGACUAAAACCUGAUCACUCUGCACAUCUUAGCUUCGAUAUCAACAUCCAACUUAAAUGCACUGGUCACUAGUGAAUGCAGUACACUCACAAUCGUUCAGAGUUCAGCUGUGCAUGUAAACAUAGCCGUCAAAAGCCAAAAAGUGUUACCGUCAGUGAAUCAGCCUUAAAAAUGGGAGCUUGCCCAUCAAAAAGCUGUUUCCUUUGACCCCGACAUGUGUUUUUUAUAGUUUUAACUUUUAGCACUUACAUCGGCGUAGACAGUGCCAGAGAACGUGGCAGAGAUGAGAGAUUUCUGCACAUUAUUUUUCAUGAACAUUUUCUUGUGAUUUCUUUCUUUCUUUUCUUUCUGUUGGAUUUGAAACUGGAGGUCGCUGCCUAUGAUUGUUUCAGAAGGACGAUGAUGCAAUCUGGCCGAUUCUAUGCAGACACUGGACUAUAUGUUUUUUUAUAAUUUAUAAUGUACAUGCUUUUCCCAAAAGUAAAUGACAGGCUUCUCUCCCGACCUUUAAGGAGUAGCGCCUAUGUGCUUUGCGUACAUGAGAAGCAAUACAAAGAAGAAACUUUUCUGAUCCACGCUGCCUUAUCAGUGAGCGAGGCUUCUCUUCAGAGAGAUUAGCUCUCUGAUGGUUGGUUUUGAAUUUCCGGAGACGCGGCCCACACAGAGACGGAGUCGCUUCUAACCACGGGUUGCACUUCCAGUCCAUGCUGGUGACAAUACCGCGCAUUGUGGAGAGAGACCGUUCCCCCUCGCAAUUGUACAUAUCCCAUUCCACCAUUAGGAGAAAGGACCUUUGAGGAGAGCAGGGGUCGCGGUCAUCACUCUAUUACUGAGGGAAAUCAAAAUUCCAGACAGGAACAGGAAGUCCUUCGGAACCAGGUUAGACUAAUGGCGAGCUCUUAUCGCUGAUAACAGAUAACACAGGAAUCUCCCCCCCCGACCCCCCUCCUCUUUGAAACCAGACCAGCAGGUCUUCAGAUCCCUCUGCAGGGCUUUCCUUUCAUACCUGCGCCACAAGACAUAGAAGUACACAAACGGAAAACGUGUUUUUAUUAGAUUACCUCAUAUGCUUUAAUUUAUAUUUUUAAUCAUGCAACUUUAAUGCAAAACCACACAAGGAUGAAAAAUCUUCCGCUAUAGCUAGUUGUUUGUGAAGAGUUAGGUAAAAGCGCCAUUAGACCCAUUAGAAGCGUGUAUCGUACCUGGUGGACACACUUUUACUAAAAUCUUGAAGCCACUAAUGGCGUCAAAGGUUUGAAAAGUGAUGCGUAGGAAAAAGGACUUCUCAGACUUCUACAGGAGGAGGAGGAGGAGGAUGGAAUGACUUUACCGGAGGAACGAAAGGGAAACGUCGAGGUGGUUCUUGUAGCGUUGAUGUGCGAGCAUGACUCACCGGCUGUGUGCGGGUGAUGUGUGGGCGCCGCCCUUGCUGCCUGAUCGUUAGCUUUAGCUUCUCUCCAACUGUGUGGAGCUCUCUGAAUGUGACGCGUUUACACACCUACAUCUUCUUAAUGGACUAAGCUUCUUACCUUCCUUUUGUUGAUUUUCUUUUUCUUAAUGUUACCAAAUGAGUUUGAAUUUUUAAUAACUACAAUAGAGAUAUAUACAGAGAGAGAGAUAUAUAAAGCUAUAUCACGCAGCAACUUUAAUAUAUUGUAAAUGAUGGCUUGGAUGCAAUGUAUUUAUUUGUUUGUUAUAAUGAAGAAUUAUCUAUAAAGGGAAGUUUAAGGUUUGAUUAUA